AAAAGCUGAGAAAGAGAGAGAGGAGAAGAGAGAAAGGAGGCGAAAGAAGAACCAAAGAAACAAGAUAAGCAGAGAGAGAGAGAGCUGCACAGAGAAGAAGCAGAGAAAGUUUCUUCUUCUUCUACCAAUAUUUUCUUCAUCUUCAAAACUUAAUAGUGAAAUCUGAAAUCCUGUAUCUAGUUAUAAUCAGAGAACAGAAUCAAAAUCUGUUGUUAUUUUUAUUGAACAGAGAUUUGGUUAAGAAUCUGGUGAAUUAUAGAUCAGAUUUGGUGAUUGUUGUAUUUGAGAUAUUUUGAUGAGAGAGAGCCAUGGAAAGAAACAGAGAACAAAGAAGAAUGGCAGCUACAAAUGGAUUAACAAGGCGUAGACAACAAAGAAGUAAUAGUUUAAGAGAUUCUCCUGACGAUGAUGAAACGGUAGAGCUACAAGAAACAGGAGCAGGAGGAGGAGGAGGGAGAUUAAGGGAUCGAGGAGGUGGAAAUAGCAGUUUAAAUAAUAAACAGAAAGAUAAAGAUCGAUUGAGUAGUAGAAGCAGUAGUAGUAGUAAAAGAAGAAGAGGGGGUGAAAGUAUUAAUAAUCAUAAUCAAAAUCAUAAUAUUAUUAAUAAUAAUCAUAAUAGAUUGAUGCAUGGAAGUAACAGGGAAGAUGGAGCUGAAGAAAGUACGGAAGAAAGCGUUGAUGAUGAUGAUGAUGAUGAUGAUGAAGAUGAAGAAGAUAAUACAGUUCUAACAGGAGGAGAUAGAGAUAGAGGUGAAAGAGAUAGAGGUAGUAGUGUAAGGAUGUUACCACCAAAUCAAGCUUCUUCAUCUUCAAAUCAUCAUAAUCACCACUCUAAUAAUAAUCAUCAUAAUAGUAAUAACAAUAAUCAUCAUAGGAAAGGAGGAUUUGGACCAGGGAAAGUAAUCCGAGCAGCACCACCGUUUAAAGCUGCUGAUGAAAUGAUCGGGAUUUCAGUACCUAGGAAAGCACGGUCAGCAUCUGUGAAAAGGUCACAUGAAUAUUGGAUUUCAGGUGGUGGUGGCGGCGGUGGAGGAGUUGGAGAAGCUUUGACUCAUCGACAAGCAUCUACUUCCCCGGCUAGACCUACUGUUGUUUCAGCUCCACCACCACCACCACCUCCUGUUUCACCACCAUCGUCUUCGAAUGUUUCUGUUCGUAAAAAGAUGAAACCAAUUGCUCCUAAGCAAAGACCACCAAAGAUAUCAAAAACAUCAACAGUACAAGAAGAAAUUGAGAUCGAAGUUGCAGAGGUUUUAUUUGGUUUGAUGAGACAAUCGCAGUGUUCUUCAUCGAAACAGGAAGCAACUAAUAUUUCUUCUUCACAUAAUAAGCAGCAAGAUACAAAUGGAUCAAGUAACGAUGCUAAAUCAAGGGUUUCUUCACCGAUUUCUGCUUCAGCUACCCAGCCUCUAGUUUACCCUACAGUUCCCAGUUCUUCGUCAAACACAUCAGCUGUACUUGCAGUUGCAGCACCGAAAAGGAAGAGACCAAGGCCGGUGAAAGUUGAAGAUGAAAAUUUAGCUGGAAGGAAUUUGUCAAACCCUUCUGCAACUUCAAUUGAGAAUGAACAAGCUGAAAGGGCUGAAGUCUCUUCGCCAAAGUUAAAGAAGAACCUCUCAGGAUCCACGAUUGAGAAUGGUGGGCUUUCUCUACAUAGAGGAAGCAGCUAUCAAAGUGGUUCUCUUCAAUUUGAGCCACACCCUGAAUUGACAAAAACUGAGAACAGUGUGAAGUCCGAUUCAAAGGCUUUGAAUGAAGAAGAAUCGAUAGGUCGUGAUAGCAAUCAUCAGAUCAAGGAGGAAACAUCUGUAUUAGCUAAAAGUGAAUCUCUCCUUAGCUCCAAAGUUCCUGAGGAUUUGAACACAAUUCCAAAGGUUUUUACGACUUCAAAGGUUGAAGUGCAGAAAGAAGGAAAAUUUGAAAUCGAUCUCAUGGCUCUUCCUAUGAAAUCAUCUCCCGAGAGAGAUGGCCCUAGUGAUUUUGCAUCAGAUCCUCGUCCAAUUCCUCCUGAUGUUAAUAUGUUGCACAAAAUAGAGCCUGUGGUGAAGGAUGGAGCAAUUGCCUCAGAAGUUAGUAAGCAAAAUGCUAAGGAUGUGGGAUUAGUAGAGAAGAAAGAGGAAAUGGCUGAAGAAUCCGUGUCUCAGAAGCAGAACUUUAUCAAGGAGAGGAUCUCUGACCUACAUCCUAAUUUUGAGAAGCAAGAGAUAGUUGGGAAUGCGAGUAAUCUCGCAUCUAGCAAACAGUAUCAAGAUAUUCUUAGGCUGCAGCAGCAAUUUAAAGCUCCUGCACAACCCAUGUCAAUGCCGCUGUCAUUGACUGUACCUGGCUGGUCAGGAGGGCCACGACCUGUGGGAUUUCCUAUUGGUCAAGUUCCGACUAUUCAAGGUGUUGUAUCUGUAGAUGAGGUCCCUGGAACUUUGAAUGUUGUGCAGCCGCCACAUUUUCCUCCAGCUCAACCUCGCCCGAAGAGGUGUGCCACACAUUGCUACAUUGCUCGAAAUAUCUACUACCACCAGCAGUUCACAAGGAUGAAUCAGCCUUAUUGGCCUCCUGGAACUGCUGCUUCUGCAUCUGUGUAUGGCUCCAAAUACAACCUUAACGGGCCACCAACAGAAACAGCAAUUGCCGGCAACCCAUUUCCUGGAGGCUUCCCUGGAAGGAGUUCGAACUUGGUCCAAGACAAAGGACAGGUUGUGACAGCUCUCUCCAGUCACUCUGGGAAGGACAAAAGCUCAGCUGGGACCAACACGAUGGACUCUGCUCAAAGGAAGCAGCUAGUAAUUCAGCAAGCACCCCAGCCAACUGCAUCUGGAAAUUUAGUGCAUGGCCCAGCCUUCAUCUUCCCCCUGGGUCAGCAGCAGUCUGCUGGCGCCCCUCGAUACGGGGAAGUCAAGUCUGCUUCAACUACUGGAAAUGCCGCCUCAUCCAUUUCAACUAGUUCAGUUCCAAAUGUUCAAGGGAAGAACUCUUCCUCAACUACAGGGGCUUCAACUGUGAGUUUUAACUACCCGAAUAUGCAACCAAAUGAAGCACAGCAGUACCUGGCAGUAUUGCAGAAUAGUGGCUAUCCAUUUCCUAUUCCAUCACAUGUUGGAACCCCUCCCUCUUAUAGAGGAGGAACUCAAGCUCAGGCAAUGCCAUUCUUCAAUGGGCCUUUCUAUUCACAGAUGCUCCAUCCUUCACAGAUUCAGCAGCAAUUACAGCAGCAGCAACAACACCAACAGCAGCAGCCAAACCAUCAACCACAGGCUGCAGCACAACAACAAGGUCAUCAAAAAGCAAGCACAUCAAGUGGUUCCUCUUCUUCGCAAAAGCAUCAGCCGCAGCAACAACAGCAACUACAACAGCAACAACUACAGCAGCAACAACAACAGCGAUUACAAGGUAGUAGCAGUGGGAUUGGUGGUGGUGGUGGUGGUGGUGGUGGAGCUGGAAACCCCCAGGGAUUUCCUGUUUCAAAGAGUCGGCCACAGCAGCACCAAAGUCAAAAUGUCCAGCCGCCUCGUCAAUCUCGCCAGCUUGAAUCUCAAACGGGCUCCGAGGAUGUCCCAUCAGCUGGUGAUAGUCGAGUUUCUCAUGCUCAGAAAGCUAUGUAUGGUCAGAAUUUCCCAAUGGCUAUGCACCUGCAGAACUUCUCCUUCAUGCCCGGUGCAGUAAUAGCUGGUGGUUCUAAUGGAAAUCCUGCUGAGAAACUGCAGCAAUCACAACAACCGGGCUCAAAGGGUGGAGUGGAGGUCAUCCAACCACAGCAGUCAUUCACCAUGUCCUUCCCAUCGUUUAAUGGAGCUGCUGCUACAGGCAUAGACUUCUCUUCGAUGCCCCAAAUUUUUCAAAGCCUACCCGAGGCUGCUAGAAAUGGUUACCAGGCAGCUGCUGCUGCUGCUGUGGCGGCUGCUCAGGCAGCUGCGUCUCAACAGAAGAAUCACCACAUUUCUGAAGAAGGGAAAAGUGCUAGUGACUCCAUGAAUACAGCUGAGGAUGAAAGGAAGGGCGGGAUUGGAAAAGGGGGUUCCACAAAUGUUGGGCAGUCCCUCGUCUUUUCAAGGCCGGAUUCUUCGGCUGCCGACAGACAUGUAUCAGCUUCCACUCUCGGUAGUAAUGUUAUGGACACCUCUGCUCGAACUUUAAACCUCAUAUCUCCUCCAUUAAAUAACAGCAGCAGUAACAAAUCUUCACAGGGAAAUUCCGCACCACCUACAGUGUCAACUACUGGUGCUACAACAAAUGUUAAUAUGGCAAAUUCCCAAAUUCAGAAGCAGCAAAAAGAAUUGAUUCAGAUACAAAUGCACCAGCAGAUGCAUAUACAACAACAGAUGUUCCAACAACAUCAUAUGCAAAAGCAACAUGAAAUGCAGAAGCAACACGAAAUACAGCAAGAAUUGGCAGCUCGGACAAAACAAUCAAAUAGUACUACCAGCUCUUCUGUGUACUCUGAAAGAACUUCGGCAUCCCCUUCCACCAUAUCCAGCAAGUUCCCCAAUUGUGUAUCUGUAUUUCCUCCAGGCCUUGUGCAAAGCAGCAGUAGCAGUCCUGUCCAUUCUCCACAAUGGAAGAAUUCUGCAAGGGCGACAUCCUCUUCAUCACCUUCUCUUGUCUCUACCACUACCACCACCACGGCCACCACCACUUCCCUUAAGAAUCUCCCUCAACAACAUCAAAGGCUUCCACAAGGACAUACGCAAAUAUCAUUUGGUAUGAACGCAAAAUCAGCUGCAACCGGGUCACAUGGUCAGCAGAUUUCAAAUAACAUUCAGUCUCCGUCAUCACCUGGUGUUGUUGGGUCUCCCCCACGUUCACACUCAAAAGGUACAGUUGGCAGCCCAAGGACGACUGCAGCCGGGAGUAAAGUGUGUACAGCAUCAGCAGCAGCGCCUUCAAUGUCGUCCCCUCAACUUAGUGGCAGCAAGAAUGCUCCUUCACCAGGUGGAGCGCCAAGCAGAAAGUCUUCUCCAGUGGGGGGAAGAAGUGCGCCACCAUCAAUUCUGGGUGGUGGUAAUCCUGGCUCUCACUCCGCCACUGCGGCAAAUUUAACUAAGCAGCAGCAGCAAUUUAUUCAGAAACAAAUGUUGCAGCAACAAGCACAGUUUUCAUUCUCUAAUCCGUACAUUCAAGCGCAAAAUCCUCAGCCAUCUUCCAGUGCUACUGGUACUACACAAUCAAAUUAUCAUCAAAGAGGGCAGCAACCUGAACAGCAGCAGCAGCAAAAACAACAGCAUCAGCAACCAAACAGUUCAGCUAGUACAACUUCCACUGGGCUGCUGACAAUGUGUUCUUCACUGUCGUUGGCGGGUGGUAACAGUACAGAUCCUACCAAAUCAGGUUCAGGAUCUGCUAGUAAUAAUUCACGGCAACACCAGGCAGCCCAAUUUGCUGCUGCCGCUCCAAACUCCCAUCCUUUCAUGCCGACGACAUUCCCCUAUGCCCAUGGGAUGCCAGCUUUACAAGUGAAAUCGGCUGGUGAACAGAAACAACCUGCUGGAAAUGACAAUUUACAUGCGUCCUGGCAGCCUGAGAAGAAAAGAUGAUAUGAUCAGGCGAGCAGAACCUGCAAGAUCGCAAAGAUUAAAAGACCAGAAUUCAAGGGGGUGAAGCUUUUUUGGCGCAACCUAACAAGAGUGCUGACCCUGCUUCCAAGUUCUGAAAUUUUUGCCCCUUGACUCCCUCAUGUGAUGGAGAACAGGAGGUAAGCAAGAGGUACUCUAUCCAUCUAUCACUUCCCUCUGUGGACCAGACUGAUCUGCCCUGCAUUUUCUGGUUAAUCGGAGAGCUGGCUUUAGCCCGCUUAAGAGGGAACAAAUUGUUUUGAUUGAUUUUUUCGAUGGAAGCGCUCGGAAAAGGCUGGGGUGGAGUUUGGCAGUAGUUACCGGCUGCUCUGAUUGGUCUCAUUAAAAAUGACUGCUAGACUCACACAGAUCCGUUGUAUUUUGGUUAAGUGGAUUGCUUGUUCUUUCUGUCAUUAAAGGUUUCUUUUCUGAAUAGAUCUAGGAGGACAAGGGAAAAAAAAUUGCUUUUCCACAAUUCACAGAAAGCUUUUUUAUGCUCACAAAAUUAUAUGCUCUUAUAUUUUGGUGUAAAUAUGUCUUUUGGCAUGCGCAGGGAUAGAGAAGAAAAAGAAACAGCAACGAAAAUCUCAUCUCUUUCUCCUUUUGUCUUGUUUGUGUCAUUGAUCUUUUACUGUUCUGUGGCC